AUGCCAAACUCAUACAUUCAUAUUAAAGGGGGAACGGUGAUCUCUAUGGAGGCACCAGAUGGAAAGCCACUUUACAAUUGUGACAUUCUGAUAGAAAAUGAUCGGAUAAAGGCUAUAGGCCAAGACUUAUCUUUGCCAACUGAGAGCAAUUUGUCUACCAUCGACGCAAAAAAUUGCAUUAUUACUCCAGGGUUCGUCGACGGCCACCAUCACAUGUGGCAGCACCUCCUGCGUGGUAUUACGGUUGAUUGGUCUCUAUUUGGUUAUGCAUGCCACCUGAGGAGUGUCUAUGGGAGUUUGUACACACCGGACGAUGUCUACUUCGCCAAUUACGCUGCUGCAUUAAGUCUAAUCAACAAUGGUGUCACAACCGUCUUGGACCACUGCCACGUACUAAACUCGCCUGCACAUGCCGAUGCAGCUGUGAAGGGGUUGAAGGAUGCUGCUAUUCGAGGUACAUUCUGCUAUGGAUUCUACCAGAACCCAAAAGAACCCGGGGAUUUUGAGAGUAAUGCGACAGACACAUUUGACCAGGCUGCACGAGUCGACGAUGCUCUCCGUGUGCGCCAGCAAUACUUCCCGAUCAACGAUCCGCAGAGCUCGCUUCUCACUUUCGGCAUUGCAUUGAACGAUCCACCAACGCAAUCCCAGGAAGAUAACAUCGGGGAACUGGAUCUCGCAAGAAAGCUCAAAGCUAGGCUCACGACCGUACAUGCUUCAGUGGCAUCCCCUGGGGUCCCUAAGCCUGAGGUCGUACAGAAUUAUGCUGAUGCGAAGCUGAUGGGGCCGGACCUCGUAUUCAGUCACGGAGGUUGGAUGACAGAUGGCGAGCUGGCUGCGGUGCAAACUUCAGGGGCUGGCAUUGUUGGGACACCCGAUACGGAGCUGCAAAUGGGCAUGGGAUAUCCCGUAGUAUGGAAAGCUGCUGAUCUGGGCUGUCGGACAUGCCUUGGACUUGAUAUUACUUCGAAUCAAGGUAAUGACUUCAUGGCACAGAUGAGGUUGGCGCUUCAGACGCAACGAGCUCGCGACUGCGAUCAUCGGACAGUCCAGAGAGAUGUCCGCAGGAAGGCAGUAGACGUAUUACGCAUGGCAACGCUGGGAGGGGCAGAGGUCAUGAACACGGAGUCGUUGACUGGUUCUAUCGUUCCAGGUAAAAAGGCUGACCUGGUGAUCUUCCGCUGUGACGACAUUGAUACAGUGCCCGUUGUGGACCCCGUUGCAACUGUGGUCUUCCAUGCAUCGCCCAAGAAUAUUGACACCGUUAUCAUCGACGGAAAGAUCGUCAAGCAGGAUGGUCAGCUUGUCGGUGUUGACUGGGAGUUCCUACAAGAUCAGAUUAUAUGCAGAUCCCAACGGCUGACGGGACAAGCAGCCAAAGUUGAUAUGAAGAAGGCGGAGUCGCUAUUCCUGUCUAUAUUCAGGAAGGCCAUGGAAAACUAA